AUGCAAACGUGCUUCGGAACCGCACCAAAGCAUCAAGACUGGUUCGACGAGCGGAAAACAGCACACAACGAGACACGCUAUUACGCGAGGCGAAUCGCUAGUCGAAAUUGGGGAAAACUGGGACCCAUAACCGGGCCGCUAUCAAUUUUUACGCAAACCCACGCCGCCGCCGGCGUAACAAGGCGGACGAUGUUAUUCGACGAAACUUUCGAGGCGGGCGGAUUAUUUGGACGUUAUUUAUCGCCUUACGCCGGAGACGCGCCACCUGCCGUGUCCCUGCCAAUUACU